GCGGAAGCCAAUCACCGUCGGAAUAAACCUCAACAUAAAAAUCGUCCAGGUUCAUUCCUCCUUCCGAAUCUAACCGUCUUCGUCUUUCCCACGCAUUUUUUCUCCCCCUUUUACCCAUUUUUUGCUACCCCCCCAAUUUAAAACGCUUUACCAAAAUUCCAAGCCUUUUUACUUGUCACAAAUCAACACCAAUUUUUAUUUUCUCCAAAGAUUUUUUCUUUUCUUUUUAAUGGCAGCAGCCUUAUCUUCUUCUUCUUCUUCCCCAUCAUCAUCGAUUCACCGAUCUUGUUCCUGUCGCUGUUUCAGAUGUUGUGUUUGUCGCUGUAUGUGCUGCUGUAAUUUCUGAUUCUCCGCCGGCUUUGUUUUCUUAUUUUUCUAAAUUUAUUUUUAGGUUUUUUUUUGGCCCACCCAAAUUCUCUGUAUUCAGUUCGGAGUAUCCUUUCGUGUAUGUGGUUUGGAUUGAAUUAUGGAUUUAUCGCACUCGCAGACGAGUAGUUUGUCACUAGGGUUACUCUCUCACGCCGCCUCGCCACCACCACCUACUCCGCCGAUGCCUGCGGCGGCGACGGCGUCGUCCGUGUCCAGUAAUCACCGAGCGCAAAUUGUUGACGACUCGAUUUCGUUCCAGAUCGAUUCGAGCUUUCGGGACCCUUCGCAUCCCUUGCCACCGAUUCCGCUUCAAUUGAUGGAGCCGCAGACGGAGAAUCACAGGGCGGAGAAUGGGGAUGUUGGUAAAGAGAGUGAGGAUGAGGAGAAAGUGGAGGAGUUUCGGAUUCUGGGGCAUUCCAUGUGUUUCAAGCGGAAGCGCGACUGCGAUUCGAUUUCGUCGUGUGCGACCAAGAGCGUUAGGGUUUCGAAAGACCUGGAAUCGCGUAGGAACGCUGUGAGGUCUUGGGGAAAUCAGUCCUUAAGAGUAGCUGAUCCUGAUUUGUUUGAAAUAAUGGAGAAGGAAAAGCAACGGCAGUAUAAAGGGAUUGAAUUGAUUGCUUCUGAAAAUUUUGUGUGCAAAGCUGUGAUGGAAGCUCUGGGUAGUCAUUUGACCAAUAAAUACUCGGAAGGGUCACCAGGGGCCAGAUAUUACGGUGGGAAUGAGUAUAUUGAUGAGAUUGAAACACUCUGCUGCGACCGUGCAUUGGCUGCUUUUGGACUUGACCCCGAAAAUUGGGGUGUUAAUGUGCAGCCUUAUUCCUGCACCUCUGCUAAUUUUGCUGUAUAUACUGGUUUGUUGUUACCAGGUGAUAGGAUAAUGGGAUUGGAUACCCCUUCCGGUGGAAACACUAGUCAUGGAUACUAUUUGCCAAAUGGGAGAAAGGUUUCUGGGGCUUCUAUAUUCUUUGAGAGUUUGGCUUAUAAGGUGAACCCUCAGACUGGUUAUAUCGAUUUUGAGAAGCUAGAAGAAAGGGCCCUUGAUUUUCGUCCCAAGAUACUCAUUUGUGGUGGCAGUUCAUAUCCUAGAGAGUGGGAUUAUGCAAGGUUUAGACAGAUUGCAGAUAGAUGUGGAGCUGUAUUGCUUUGUGAUAUGGCUCAGAUUAGUGGUCUUAUUGCUGCAAAGGAAUGUGUUAGCCCCUUUGAUUACUGUGAUAUUGUUACCUCAACAACUCAUAAAAGUCUUCGUGGCCCAAGAGGAGGUAUUAUUUUCUAUCGGAAGGGUUCAAAACCAAGGAAAAGAGGCAUGCUAUUGAAUCAAGGCGAUGGAAGUGACAGAUAUGAUUUUGAAGAGAAGAUAAACUUUGCUGUUUUCCCGGCACUGCAGGGCGGACCACACAACAACCACAUUGCUGCACUUGCCAUAGCCUUGAAGCAAGUGGCCACUCCCGAGUACAAGACAUAUAUGCAACAGGUGAAGAAAAAUGCUCAGGCUCUAGCAGCUGCUUUGUUGAGAAGAAAUUGUAGACUGGUGACAGGGGGCACUGACAACCAUUUGAUUCUUUGGGAUCUGAGGACUCUGGGAUUAACAGGUACAGCGGCUUUGUAGUAAAAUUUACUCGUGUUUGGUUAAUUUCUUCCCUUGUUAAGAGAACUCUGCUUGUGUCAUAUUCUUAACCUCCCUUUGAUACAAUGUGAUUUCAUCUUUGAUCUUUUUUGAGUGUGGGUAGGUUUGAUAUGGUUAAGCAGUUAACCUGAAUCUCAAUGAUAAGUUUUAUUCUUUAUGUGAUGUUGCAUAAAUUUCAACUAGAUAUUGUGAAAAAUGUUAGGCGUUGAACUUUGGUGUAAUUUGCAUGAAACAAUGCAUUCGUUUGUUGGCAAAUACAACUCUCUUCCCAAUCAAGAGUUUUCUUUCUGGAAUAAUGCAUUGCUUUACUGAUCUUGCAUGUAUGUAGAGUAGUAUUUUCGCUUUUAUUUUCUGAUCUUGUCAUACACGGAGGGAAACUUCUCCUUUGGCAGUUUCAUGUUGGCCUUCAGAAUUUUUUUGUUAAUAGCAAAUCCACCAGUUUGAAUCUGAGUUGUUCUUGGAGUUAAACUUGGGAUCUGAGAGUUCCUUAUUCAGAUUAGUAGAGUUACAGUUAGUUUUCUAACUCUUGAGUUGGUUAAAAUUAAAUUUCCUGUGCUCUUCUCUCUUGCAGGUAAGGUUUUUGAGAAGGUCUGUGAGUUGUGCCACAUGACUUUGAAUAAAGUUACUAUCUUUGACGACAAUGGAAAUAUCACACCUGGAGGUGUCAGGAUUGGUAAGUAACAUAAUCAUGUUAUACUACUUUCGAGAUUGUAACGCUUAAUGUUUGGGCACUGAGCCUAAUACGUGUACUCUUCUGGAUUGUAGGUACUCCUGCAAUGACUUCCAGAGGCUGCCUAGAGUCUGAUUUUGAGAUAAUAGCUGAGUUCCUUCUGAAAGCUGCGCACAUAGCGGGUGCAGUACAGAGAGAACAUGCAAAGAUGCCCAAGGCAUUUCUGAAGGGUCUGGAGAACAACAAAGAUUUAGUUGAGCUGCGGUGUCGUGUUGAAGGUUUUGCAUCACAGUUUGCGAUGCCAGGUUUUGAGAUUUAAUCCCCUCAAGUGGAUCUGUGUAUAUUAUAGUAGUUGGUCAACAUACCGGUUUUGAUAAUCCUCUUGACCCAUUCUUUUUUCGAAAAUUGGUACUCUGUUCUACACUUUUUGGUAUGCAAUAUGUGCAGUAUAUUCCAGAUGAUAGAUGUUGAGAACUGAAACCCACAAUUGGUGGGGGAAGAAGUGUCUUUGAAUCAUAUAACUAUAGAGUUCUGUCAGUUCAUUGGAAUUAUAUGGUCAAACCUCUGUUCUUGAAUGCAUGUGAUUUGGCAUAGCAGAAAGGGGAAUGUUUUGGUACAACUGAAGUCUAUGUAGCAGAGUUUGGGUUUCUGUUGGUUUCUUGCAUUCAUCAUCUUAUAACUCAGAACGGGGCAGGCAAGAUAAUUUACUUGUUUGGGAGAAGUUCCUGAACAAUGUUUACCAAAUCCCCCCCUUCAUCUUCGUUAAUGAGAAUGUUGUACGCCGUCGAUCUUAUUUAUAGUGCUCUGAAGCAAAAUGUCCUUGUUUCUAAUGACGGAUUAAUUCUUUUGUUCUCGGUAUCUAUUUGGAAAUUCCGGAUUAAUUUUUUUGUUCUCGAUAUCUAUAUGGAAAUGUCAAUCUUAUAGUGAUGUUACCAAAGUAGUUCGCUUGAUCUUCGAUAUUAAAGGGAAGUGUGAACGGUUUGGACCUUGUUAAUUGAAGGGAAUAACCAAGAGACUUGUUGACGGAGAGAAAGGAAAAAUAGGUUUGGACCUUGUCAAUGGAAGAGAAUAACAAUGAGAUUAACAAAAAAGAAGAAGAAAGGAAUAACAAAGAGACUUGUUGACGGAGAGAAAGGGCAUAUAGAAGUCAGAAUUAAUCAAUCGAAUUCGGUGAUCGGUGGUGGACAUCCGAUAAAAUGAAAAUCGGAAAACAAACAAAUUAAAAGAAUUUCCGUGAGUAAACUAUAUUUAUUAGGAAUAUUAUCUCUUCUUAAAAUACAUUAAGGCUCUGUUUGGUUGCAUUGAAUUGGG